AUGGAUGCCUCCCUGUUUCAGUUCUUUAUUGGGGAGUUCGGCGACCCCAACUGCACUUUUAUGGAUGCUUUUCAGGAUACUUACGAGAAUUCGUCUUUCGCGUUGAUGGGUCUAGAUGGUCUCAACUGUAACGCCACCACGGAUGAGAUCGGAACUUGCUGGCCGAGAAGCAACUCUGGUCGAAUGGUUGAGCGUCCGUGUCCGGAGUACAUCAAUGGCGUGAAAUACAACACAACUAGAAGUGCUUACAGAGAAUGCUUGGAGAAUGGCACAUGGGCUCUGAAGAGUAACUACUCCAACUGUGAGCCCAUCUUGGAGGAAAAGAGGAAGUACCCCAUGCAUUACAAGAUAGCCCUCAUCAUUAAUUACUUCGGUCACUGUAUAUCUGUUGGAGCUCUCGUUAUUGCCUUCAUCCUCUUCCUGUGCUUGAGGAGCAUCCGAUGCCUUCGAAACAUAAUCCACUGGAACUUAAUUACGACGUUCAUUCUGAGGAAUGUAAUGUGGUUUUUGCUUCAGCUGAUUGACCACAACAUUCAUGAGAUGAAUGAGCCCUGGUGUCGCCUCAUAACAACAAUCUAUAAUUACUUUGUGGUGACCAAUUUCUUCUGGAUGUUUGUGGAGGGCUGUUAUCUUCACACGGCUAUUGUGAUGACAUAUUCCACAGACAAGCUCAGAAAAUGGGUCUUCCUCUUCAUCGGAUGGUGUAUACCAUGUCCGAUAAUUAUAGCGUGGGCCAUUGGAAAACUCUACAGUGAAAAUGAACAAUGCUGGUUUGGGAAGGAACCUGGGAAGUAUAUAGACUACAUUUAUCAAGGGCCAGUAAUUUUAGUUCUGCUUAUAAACUUUGUUUUCCUGUUCAACAUUGUACGCAUUUUAAUGACGAAGUUGAGAGCAUCGACAACAUCUGAAACAAUACAGUACAGGAAAGCUGUGAAGGCCACUCUAGUGCUGCUGCCUUUGCUUGGAAUUACAUACAUGUUAUUCUUUGUGAAUCCAGGCGAGGAUGACAUAUCUCAAAUUGUUUUUAUCUAUUUCAACUCAUUUCUACAGUCAUUUCAGGGAUUCUUUGUGUCGGUAUUUUACUGCUUUCUAAAUGGGGAGGUGCGUUCUGCAGCCAGAAAGCGCUGGCAUCGCUGGCAGGAUAAUCAUGCUCUGCGAGUUCGGGUGGCACGGGCAAUGUCCAUCCCCACCUCCCCGACCCGAAUCAGCUUUCACAGCAUCAAACAGACCACGGCUGUCUGACCUUUCCAUGAUUGCUUUUCCUCAUUUAUGUUUCAGCCACACAGAUGGACUGCAAGCGUGCAACACGGUGGCGCAAGAGACCAACUGAUUGUUUGCCUUUCUGCCAGUCUGAGUCAUCCAAUAACCUGUGAAUCUGAUUUAUCUAUCUGUGAAAUUUUGACUGUGGGGCCUAAAUUGAAGGGUCGUAAGAGAAGAAAAACUUUGUUGUCUUUUUUGUAUUGAUGAAUUGUAAAGCAUCCUUUGCAUUUUUUUUUAAUUAUUUUUUUUUAUUAUUAUUGUUUUAUUUAUUUAUUUAUUUAUUAUUAUUAUUAUUUAUUUUUUUUUAUUUUUUAUGACAAAGCAUAUCAAUGAUUUUAAAACACUGGAGCAAAAUGUGUCCCACAACUUAAAAACAGCAACAUAUCCACUUUGAAAUUAAUCAGAGAUGAUCACUAGAAUGUUUUUACUACAUUUAGCCAGUGUUGGGUAAGUUACUCUAAAAAAGUAAUUAAUUACUAACUAAUAAUUACAUCUUCUACAGUGUAAUUAGAUUACUGUACUAAUUACUCUGUCUGAAAAGUAAUUGCACUACUUAUUACUAAUUACUUUCUAAAACCCUUAUCAACCUCGACCAGAUGAAAAAUACAAGGAUAGACAUGAAACUGUUCUUUUAUUUAUUUCAAAUAAAUCAAAUAAAAUCAAAUAAAUUAUUCAUGAACUAGCAAAAGAAUUUAAGGGGGCAGCGUUAAAUUAGAAAACAUAUAUUUUAACAUUACAUAUUAAAAUUCGAUUUUAAAUUCACUGUUGUUUUAUAUAGAAUUGUUCUAUAGUCUAUACAGUAUUUAACACAAUUACAUCAGAAGUAACUAAUUAAAUCUUUCUGAAAAAUUAAGAGUAAUCCUUUACUUUUUUCAAUGAAAAAGUAAUUUAAUUACAGUAAUUAAUUACUUAGUAAUGCAUUACACCCAACACUGCAUUUGACUUUAUCCAAAUAAUGACAGUACAUGACAUUAUCACUCACUACCUCUUAUAAAACCACCUGUCCUCAGACCAUAACUUAAAAGAUCAGGAAUAUCCAACCCACAAAUCCUUUUUGUCCCUUUCAGUCCUCCAUAUUAUUCAUGUCAUUUAGCUCUAAUGCAUUUGCUAAUCUGCUUGCACAUCAGAUGUACCAUGAGCCCAGUAGCAUCCUUCAAACACAUCUGUUAGUGUCACUGGAUGAGGGAACAUGCUGUUAUUUUCCUAAUCCCACUGGUGCUCAGAUGUGUCUGUGCUGCUGUUUUAAGCUGUACGGCCCAUUUUAUUGCAAGUGAACUCUGUUUGGCCUGUGGAAUUGGUUUACUCAUGUCAGUGUGUGACAAAUUCCCUUGUAUGAUUGCACCCAGCAGCACAGGCUUGAGUCUGCAUUAUAAUGGGAGAAAUGGAAGUAGGAUGCCCUGUCAUGUGAAGCUAUAUUCACAGCGUAUAGUGGCAUGAUCAAACCAGAUUUUGAAUGACAUUUUAGAUGCUGAUAGAUAAGAAGAUGGGUGAAAAGAAGGCAGCUCAGGUUAAAGUUCAAGGAAAAUAAAAAUGUUCAUAAUAUGAGUUUAACCAUCUAUGGUGCUCACUUUAUGGGGGAGGGGGGGAUUGGAAGGGCAACUCUUUUUUUACUAAUGGUAAUUAGUAAAAAAAAAAUUAAAAGAAAAUAAAUAAAAAAAAUCAUUUUUCUUAAAAAGUGUCAAUAUCACCUCUAAUUAAAUUCAGGUUUUUAAUUUCAAUUGAUACAUUAUAUUCUGUACUUAAAACAAGGGAUUACAAAUGAAAAGUUUUUUUUUUUUUUUUUCAGUUCGUUCUGAGAAAUAGUAUUUUUUCAUUCGGGUUCCGCCAUUCUGUGGCCUCCUCUCCAAAUGGUAACCAGUUAGAACUAAAUAAAAGAGUGGUUAAUAACACGUUUGCCAGAUCUCAUAAGAGAAGCCAGCCUGAUAUCAUAUAAAAAUCGGCAUGUGUGUGCCGAUAUUUCUUUAGCCGAAAUCGGUAUACAUUGACCGAAUUUGAAAACACUGCCUCCAGAGGCUAAAGCGGUAAGUGUUUCAAAGCAUAUAAACAAGUGUGACCUCCAUUUAUAUCCAGGAGAGGUCACCAGAAGCCAGUUGUAAAAAUAAUUGUUUUCAGCUGAACAGGGUGUGAAACAGUGAAGAGAAAUGCUUAUUUUAUUUAAUCUACCCCCAAUCAAAACCCAGAUCUAACCUUAACCAUUAGUAGAGACAAAAUGCAAUGUUAGGGACAAAAUGCAACCUCCUUAUCAUACAUGUGAUUGUUUAUACAAUACUUUCUCAUUUGAUUGGGGAUUGAACUGUUGUCUCCCAUGCAACUGACGUAAUGCGCUAUCAGUCAAGCCAUGAGGGAAAGUAAUUGGCAUACUGUUGCUGAUCCUAGGGUAACGGAACUUUCGGGGAAAGCAUGCCAACUUCCCGUGUGAUCAUGUUGCAUAAACAAGACACCAUGUCUGGAAACACAAGCUCAAAAUAAGGGACUUAACUCACCCAAAAUAAGCGAAAAAUAAGUGAUUCAAUCUUUUGGAAAUUAUUAGCAUAGAAAUUAAUGGAAGCAUAGUAUACUGUACAGUUGCCAAUAUAUAAUAUUUCCAUUAAAUUUAAUAUUAAACACAUCCAUAUAUAUAUAUAUAUAUAUAUAUAUGUUUUCAUUCACAAUUGGAAGGGGAUUAAAUGUUCGGUUACAUUUUGCAAAUAAUUUUGGUUUCGCUUUUCAUUUUCAUUCCUUGAACCAUUUUUAUGCCCUGAUGAUACUCCUUUAAUUAAAUUCGGUUUAAUUAAAAUAUUAUUUGGAAAUCUUUUACUAUGUACUAAGUUGACACUGUAUAUUAGAUUCACCUCAUGAUUGCAAUCAUUCUUUAGAAAGAGGUAUGAAAUAGUAAUAAUAAUAAAAAUAAAAAAAAUUAAAAAAAAGGUGAACUCUGACCUGGAAAACACAUUUAGAUUAUUGUUAUAUUUAUUUAUUUAUUUAUUUAUUUAUUUUUACCACAUCCCCUCAAGCACUCCCUUAAGACCCCUGGUGGCCCCGGACCCCAGUUUGAAAACCCCUUCUGUAGACCAUAGCUAAGUACAUCUCUUUGAAACACAUGAAACAUAAAUCAUUAUUGUAUAAAUUGUAUAAACACUUAUGAAUACAUGAAUAAUGUAACUGCAAUAAUAUAACUGAUAGUAUGACAGUACUGACAGUAUCUAUAAAAAUCUCCAAUGAGGAAAUGCAGUACAGCAAAUCCAUUAGGGUUCAGAGUUGCUAUAUAUGCUAACUGUCAUUUGUUCCCAGUUUUCUCUAAAACUAUGUGAGAUCAAGUUUAAAGGAAUAUUCCAGGUUCAAUACAAGUGAAGCUCAAUAGACAGCAUUUGUGACAUAAUGUUGAUUACCACAACAAUUAAUUGGACUUGUCCCUCCUUAUCUUUAAAAAAAAAAGAAGAAGAAGAAGAAGAAAACUGUUUUACAUCACGGCACUUACAAUGGAAGUGAAUGGGGCUAAUCUGUAAACUUUAAAAUAUUCACUAUUUCAACAGUAGAGCCACAAGACAUAAACGAUAUGCGUGUUAACAUGAUUUCAGUUACUAACUGUUUCUGUGUGAAGUUAUAUCCAAUUUUACAACAUUGUUGCCAUUACGAUGUAAUGUCAACAAACCCUAAAACGACCAUAAAAACAACGAUUUAAACAACUUUACAACUCAAAUAAUACACAAGUUUUAACAGAAGAAUUAAUGUAAGUGCUUUUAUACAAUUAUAAGAAUACACAGUUUCUGUUUGUUUAUUUUUGUUUUUAAUGCAUUGUUAUUAAUAUUUCUGUGAUUAAUACAUUUGUUGUCAGCUAUGACUACAACUGUCUCAAUCCAGGUACCGUACUCUAUGUAUAAAUAAUUCUUCAAAUGAGCACAUAGCCUGUAGCAUUGGAUAUGUUGCAAUUCUCUCUGAAGGGCAAAAAUGUAACUGUUUAUUAUUAUUAUUAUUAUUAUUAUUUAUUUCAUUUUAUUUUUAUGUUUUUGGUUUUUAUUCUUCAAAUGUCAACCUAAAAUCGAUCACAUAAGACCUUUUUGAACAAAAUGUUCUCAGUGUACAGGUAUGUCUGUCUAACAUUGUGUGUGCGGGAUUUAAAUAGAUUUUAUAUGUGGUGACAGAAAGUGAGUUAUUUUCAAGUGAACUUUGACUUCAGUAUUAAGCUCGAUGAUAUGACUUUAAUGGUGUAUUUUUGAUUCAAUAUCUAGAGUGCUCAUUUUGCAUAAGAAUUUGCAAUGUACAGUGUAAUUUUGAUACCUUUGAAUAAAUUGCAGCUAGUUUGACUAAUUCUGAUCAUAUCAAAAUCAAAUUCUUCACUUAAUAUAUUCACCAAAGAUAAGAAUAGUUCAUGUACAGUUUGCUUUUUGUAUUUCAGAAUGUUUUCUUACCAUUUAAUUUUGUUUUUGUCAUGGUAGUCAGUGACUGUAUAAUUCUAUCAUUUCAUGAAAAAGCCAAAAAUGCCUUAAAAUUGUGAAAAAGAGAAAUGCGUGGAUAUGAACAAUAUACAUAAAUGUAAAAAAUACAUAAAUAAAUGUUACUACAAUGUUCAAUUAUAAGACAUUGAAAAGAAAAAGAGUAAAUAUUCAGAGAAACACUGUCUCAUGAUACUUCAUUAUGAAUGUUGUUAUUAGUCAACGUUAAUUCCUUAUCGCAAUCAUGUGACUUACAGAAAUAUUCCGGGUUCAAUACAUGCA